AUGAAAAUUAAGGCUUUGUCGCGCUCUGCUGCCUCGCAGCAAGCGCCUGGCUCUACUGUGGCCAAGCAGCAGCGAAAUCUCGAUCCCUCACAGCAUCCAUUCGAACGAGCACGAGAAUACACACGGGCGCUGAAUGCGAUCAAGAUGGACCGCAUGUUUGCUGCACCAUUUGUUGGCCAACUGGGCAGUGGACACGUCGACGGGGUGUACACUAUGGCCAAGGACCCCGGUUCUCUGGAACGCAUUGCAAGCGGUUCCGGCGAUGGAAUCGUGAAAGUGUGGGACAUGCAAACUCGAGAGGAGGUGUGGAAUACCCAGGCGCACGAAAAUAUCGUCAAGGGCAUAUGCUGGACCCCGGAUCGCAAACUGCUGUCCUGUGCCAGCGACAAGACCGUCAAACUUUUCGACCCUUACAACUCCACGCCAGAGGCUCCUCCUCUUGCAACUUUCCUUGGGCAGACCCCCUUCACUGGGGUCUCGCAUCACCGUGACCAAUCUGCAUUCGCGGCUUCGUCGUCUGUCAUCUCCAUAUACGAUUUGUCGCGGCCGUCUUCGAAUGCAUCUCAAACUCUUCACUGGCCAACUAGCACGGACACCAUCACAUCUCUUGCCUUUAACCAAACAGAGACUUCCAUUCUCGGCUCUACUGCAACCGACCGAUCAAUUGUCAUGUACGAUCUUCGGACUUCAUCAGCAGUAUCCAAGGUGGUUUUGAAUUUGGCCUCUAAUUCCAUCUCCUGGAACCCAAUGGAAGCUUUCAACUUCGCCGUCGCAAAUGAAGAUCACAAUGCAUACAUGUUCGAUAUGAGGAAGAUGGAUCGAGCCUUGAAUAUCUACAAGGACCACGUUGCUGCCGUCAUGGACGUCGAGUUCAGUCCUACCGGUGAGGAAUUGGUUACAGCAUCUUACGAUCGUACGAUACGUUUGUUUAACCGAGCCUCGGGACGCUCUAGGGAUGUCUAUCACAUGCAGAGAAUGCAAAGGGUCUUCUCCGCCAUGUUCACCCCUGAUAAUAACUAUGUCCUUUCUGGGUCCGACGACGGAAACAUUCGUAUAUGGCGCACCAACGCCUCCUCUCGCGCAGGGGUGAAGAGUGCUAAGCAGCGCCACAAGCUUGAAUACGAUCAGGCCCUUGUCCGUAGAUACUCUCACAUGCCCGAGAUUCGACGGAUCAAGAACCAUCGCCAUGUGCCAAAGGCUAUCAAAAAGGCUGGUGAAAUCAAGAAAGAGGAGCUUUCAGCAAUCAAGCGGCGGGAAGAUAAUGUUCGCAAACAUAGCAAGAAAGGCACCAUGCCUCAUCGUGCCGAACGCGACAAGGUUGUUCUGGCAACUGAAAAAUAA